UUAUGAAUAUUAUAAAUAACAUAUAAACUAAACUUUACCACCGCAGUAUCCUUUCAACACUCGAUAGCGAUUAUUAUAUUAUAUUUCUUUAUCUUUAUUUUGUUUUUUUUUUUUUUUUUCUUCUCGUUCUAUUAAAAAUAAUGUAUUAUUAUAAAAAAUAUUUAAUUAUAUUUGGAUUUACAGUAGUGUUUAUAAAUCCUUUAAAAGAACAUAAUUCAGUAAUUGCAAUAACUAAUAAAAAUAAUAUAGUAGAAUAUGAUCAAGAAAAUAUUAAUGCACAAUUAUGUGCAGUGCAACAAACGUGUUCCAGUUGUUUGCAGACGCCAACAUGCAUUUGGUGUGCGGCUCCUACGGAUAAGGAAAAAAAUAUUCAGCCGUCAGUUCGUUGCAUAACAAAAAGUAAAUUUAAUAAACUGUGGUGUGAUCCUUCAAAUAUUAUAAAUGAAACAUCAAAAAUAGUUAUUGAAAAAAAUAUUCCACUGUCAUCAAUAAAGAAUCGAGAACCAGUCCAAAUACAGCCACAAAAAAUAAAACUUUAUCUCCGAAAAGGAGAAGAGUAUAAAUUAAAAAUAAGAUAUACCCAAGCUGAAGAUUAUCCAGUAGACAUGUAUUACUUAAUGGAUCUUUCAGCAUCGAUGCAGCCUUACAGGCAACAUUUAUCUGAGUUGGGCGCUAACUUGGCGAGUGUUAUGAGAAAUUUAACUAGUAAUUUUCGUCUUGGAUUUGGUAGUUUUGUUGACAAAGUUACUUUACCAAUGACUGAUACCCAGCCUAUCAAAUUAAAAAAACCAUGUGAUUUUAUUGAAGACAAUAAAAAAACUGAUUGCGCACCGCCUUACGGUUAUAAGCAUCAAAUGUCUUUAACAGAAGAUUCAGAUUCAUUUCGGAGUAAUGUACGAGCAGCUCCUAUUUCGGGUAAUCUUGAUGGACCAGAGGGUGGAUUGGAUGCAAUAAUGCAGUCUAUUGUUUGCACAAAACGUAUUGGUUGGAGAGAAAAAGCUCGACAUCUUCUUGUUUAUUCAUCGGAUGCUAGUUUUCAUUUAGCUGGUGAUGGAAAACUUGCUGGAAUCAUUGAACCAAACGAUUGUCAAUGUCAUUUAGAUAAUAAGGGAUUUUAUACUCAUUCACUUUUACAAGACUAUCCUUCAAUAUCUCAAAUAAAUAGAAAAGUUGGUCAACACAAUGUUCAUAUAAUAUUUGCGGUUCCAAGUACUAAAAAUAAUACAUAUCAGUUAUUAAGUCAGAGUCUAAGUGGAUCUUCUAUUGGUUUAGUCGAAAAAAAUGAUACUAUUAAUGUUAUCAACUUAAUUAAAAAAGAGUAUGAGAAAUUAGUCGAGUCAGUGAAAAUGAUUGAUAAUGCACCUCAACAUAUAAAUGUUAAAUAUUUUUCAAAAUGUUUAAAUACAAUUGGUGAUAAAGAUUAUGAUGAUAAUAUGAAAGAACAAUCUAAAUGCCAAGGACUUCGUUUUGGUGAUGUUGUCGAGUUUCAAGUUGUAAUUAAGGCUACUGAAUGUUUGUCGAGUAAUUUGGAGUAUAAUAAAUUUGAAAUAAAGCCAGAAGGUUUAAAUGAAAGUCUUAUCAUUGAAUAUAAAGUAAUUUGUGAAUGUCCUUGUGAUAAACCUGGCAAUAAGGGAUUUAAAGUAGAUGCAGAAGAAUGUAAUUACAGUGGAUCUCUUACUUGCGGAGUCUGUUUAUGUGAUAAAAAUUUUCACGGUAAAUAUUGUGAUUGUCACAAUAUUGCCAACGAUCACAAUAAUAAAAGUGAAAAUAACGAUAAAGUACCAAAUGAAAAUAAUAAAGGUAUUGUAAAAGAAGACUGUCGAGCAUCAGUUAAUGAUACUGUCAAUUGUAAUAAUCACGGUACUUGUAAAUGUGGUAUUUGUGAGUGUCACGUUCGUCCAAAUCCAUUAGAAAAAUUUAGCGGAAAAUAUUGCGAGUGUAAUAACUUUUCAUGCAAACGUAGUAAUCGCUUGCUCUGCGGUGGAAAUGGCGACUGUGUGUGUGGUUCAUGCAAUUGUUAUUCUGGAUGGAGUGGAGAGAGCUGUGACUGCCAUGAUAAUACUACAUGUUUUUCACCUGGAAAAAAUACUGAAAUUUGUAGCGGUCACGGAGAUUGUAUUUGUGGAAAAUGUCAUUGUAAGCUUGAAAAUGAUGUAUUAUACUCGGGUUCUUUUUGUCAAGAUUGUCCUACUUGUCCGGGAUUACAUUGUGAUAAAUUAAAGGAUUGUGUUGAAUGUCUUGUAUAUAAUUCCAAUAGUUAUGAUCGAGUUGGUAAUGCUGGUUGCUAUCAUUAUUGUCAUGAUGAAAUAAAUAUUGAAAAAAUUGAUAAAGUACAAGUUAAUUCGAGUGAACACGAGGCAGGCAUACGAAUGUGUCGUGUACCAACAAAUGAUAGUUGUACUUUUUUAUUUAAAUAUCAGCUCAUCAGUAAUCGUGGAGAUAUUUCACUUUUUAAAAUAACAGCCCAAGAAACAAAAGAUUGUCCUGGAUUACUCUCACCAAUUCCACUUGUUGGUGUUGCAAUUGGUGUAAUUUUAAGUACAGUUCUUCUGGGAUUUCUUAUUUUAAUGAUAUGGAAAAUUCUAACAAUUGUUCACGAUCAUCGUGAAUUUGCUAAAUUUGAAAAAGAACGUGCUAUGGCUAAGUGGGAACGCGGUGACAAUCCUUUAUACAAACAAGCAACUACAACCUUUUGUAAUCCAACCUUUGUCGAAAGUAAAAAUAAUUAAUAACUAAAUAAUAUAUAUUAAUAGUUUUUGAUCUUGUUUAUUGACUUUUGUAUUUCUGCGAGACUGAAACUGAUCCUUCAGGGUAUAAUCUGUUAAUUUUUACCUCGUCUCUGAAUAAAUGCAAGUCCUGAAAUAAUAAUUCAGGUGAAUAGAAGACCCGGCGCUCUUUACUAAUAUAAAUCACUAUGGCACGUCUGUAUCUUUACAUUGCAUCGAUUUUAUUGAUUAUUUUAUAGCUUUAACUACUAUAAAUCUUACAAUACAAAACUUAAAUUAUAAAUCUUA